ACUAACAUCCGCACACACCCCCACCCCAGUGCAAGUCAAGAACAGAGUGCGAGACAAAGACAAAUCAGGCCGGAUCGAUCUACCUAAAGUAACCUCUUCCUUUGUACAGGCAGAAUUCAAGACACACGCAGAUCUAACAGCACUUCUGGGAUUCUCUUUUAAACCAACAUGUCACAGUUCAGCACUCUCUCAGUGCGUGAGAGGAAGACGCAGGCAGCUGCCCUUUGCCAUGAGGUCCAUGGUGGUGCCAAUGGUUUUACUAUGGACCUGGGAAAGAAACUUUCCACUCCAAAAGACAUCAUGCUGGAGGAACUGUCUCUCUUGUCAAACCGAGGGUCACGUCUUUUUAAGAUGCGACAGCGGAGAUCAGAGAAAUAUACGUUUGAAAGCAUUCAGAAUGAAGCCAAUGCCAUGUUUAAUAAUGAAAAUCAAGCCAAUGCAGAAAACUCUCAACAACUUGCAUCAAAAACGCCCCCAAACACACCAGAUCCCAGAAAUCCAGCAAACCCUCAGGACAUUGCACCAGUAAUUAAAUCUCUGUUUCUUAGGGUGGCUACACCAUUUGGGGGUUUCGAAAAAGCCCCACGAGGGAUCACCUUUAAGCUUCCAGAGGUGGACUUGAAUGCUCCUCGGUACCCCGAGCUCCAGGAUCCUACAGCCAAACGACCUACUUUCAACAGGACUGCCCAGGGGUGGAUCUCCGAUGGCAUGCCUCUCAUUUUACCCACUGUCUCUCUGGAGCCUUUUGAGAUCCCUGAGUCUGACGAUCUGUAACACAGAUUCAAGCCCUUCUUGUUACCCAAUCCCAAUGAGCCUGAUUGAGGUAUAGGGUGUGUGUAGAUGUCUAGUUUGUGUGAUAGUAUUCUUUGUAUUCUUUGAAGUGAAUUUUGAACUGCUGUUCUUGGGACAGCAAUUUCCACAUAUCAUUUGCCUCAAAACUGAAGAUUAUUUAACAAAACAUGUGAGGCAGCAUUUACAAUCAUCAUCAGAAUUAAACAUUUCUUUUGGGUUGAAAUCCACAUAGCACAUUAUACUACAUGUGUUAUAAUGUCUUUAGUUAUAUCACCUAUCAUUACAAUUCUAGGUAACCACAAAUUCUGAAAAAUACAGUGUGGACUACCAUCAAAACACAGAAAUUUAUGUUUAUUUAUUGAUGAAGGCUCGAUGCAUUUUUGCCUUUUGUACAAUUUGCAAAACAAUACGCAUAUAAAAGUAUAAGAAUAUACAUUAUACAAUAAGAACAUUUAUUGAUACAUCCAGGACGUUACAGUGAUUUUCACUAACAUUAUGCAUGAUUAUACUGUGAAACAUUACCAGUUUUCUAAGACUGCGUUCACAUUUAUAUAAUAUAUUUAGUACAGCAUCAAAUACAUUUUAGUCUACUUUUUUUGUGGUGAAAUAUUUUGCACUCUAGAUUCUAUUAAAUCUCACAAAGCUUUGUAGUAUAACAGUAAAAUCAAUAAUUUUAAAUCUGAAAUCACAAAUUGAUCAGGGAUAGAUCAAUGGCCAUGUAAAAAAAAAAAAAAACAGCCAUGUAAAUAUAUUGUGCUGAAUGCCUGAAAUCUGGUUUGUACUGUAAAAAAAUACUAUUAAUAUAUAUUUCUGAAAAUUUUCUUUGUGAAAUGUAUUUCUGUGUUUUGGCUGAUGUUUAUCAUUAUAUUCACAGUCUUGGAACUUUUGCCUGUAGCUUCAAAAUAUAGUCUACACAAAUUGUCCACAUAAAAUGCAUAUUUAUUUCAAAUUUCUGUCAUUGGUGAUUUAUUAAAUUUAUAUAAUUUUGAUAUAUGGCCAAUAAUGCUAAUAAUGUUCUGAAUGGUGUUUUCACCACAUAUAUCUGCAUAGUAUAUCAUCAUCAUCCAGAACAGUCUCUGGAAGAAUCUGUCUCAGUUACCCUGAGGCAUAGCACACAGACAUAUCCUCUGACACGGUCUAUAUUUACAGGAGUCAUAAGUAGCCUUGAAUUUGACACUCUCUGUGCUACAGUUACAGUAAACACAAAGACUUCCAGACAGUCAGCAAAUGCUUCCUUCCAGCUCUGCAAUAAAAUGUGCAUGGAACAACAUUAGCUAUUUUACAGUAGAAUACUUAAAGGCCAUUAAAUAAUAAAUAGCAUUAACUACCUACAUACUGUAUAUACCCACCCUAAACAACAAACAAAAUUAAUAUUUAUUUAUUUUAAAGGUGAUGUUAUUACACUUUACCAGUGCUUACAAUAGUAACAACAGUAAAUUAUGCACACUUAUAUGUAACUAACCAUAAACCAAACUCUAACCCCAUCCUUAGCCUUAUAGUAAAUACAUACAGCAGUUAAUUAAUAUUACUCAGUGCUUAUUUUCCUAAUUACACUAUAACAAUGUCAGCUUAACAUAAAGGGUAUCCCUAAUUUACUAUCCCAAGUGUUUAAAACCGAAUUUAUGCAUUAUUUAUGCUCCAUCUAUAAACUUCAGUUCUGGUAUUUGCUAUUAGUGCACAAACACUGAUUACAGUGACCGAUACACUAUUUUAAAGCUGAUGAAAUGUUCUUGUGGUCUGUUCGGGCAGUUCGUGCCUGCAGCCUGGUUCCACCUUAUUAUUCACACAACAAUGAGCAGCAAAUGCUAAUCAUAGUCAGAAAUAUACAUCAUAUAGGUUCAUAUAAUGUAAGGCAGUAUAUUAAGCAUACUGUGCUGUCCUUCAGAAAAAAAAAGCAUAUGUUCAUAAAGUAUACUGAAAUUAUUUUCAAGGAUUGUGAUUUUAGUGCCUUUCACUCAGAUCUGUAAAUGUUUACAUGGCCAUCAUGAUGCAAAACAAAAUAUAUCCCUGGACCACAAAACCAGUCUUAACUCGCACAUAUUUAGCAAUGGCCAGCAAUACAUUGUAUUACAACAAAAUUAUUGAUUUUUCUUUUAUGCCAAAAAUCAUUACAUUAAGUAAAGAUUGUGUUCUAUGAAGAUAUUUUGUAAAUUUCCUACCAUAAAUAUAUCAAAACUUAAUUUUAGAUUAAGUAAUAUGCAAUGCUAAGAACUUAACUUGGACAACUUUAAAGGCGAUUUUCUCAAUAUUUAGAUUUUUUUUGCACCCUCAGAUACC